AUGAGAAAUACUUUGCAGGCCAUGGCGACCUUCAUGAAGAAGUUCAAGAGGAAGCGCAGACUAUCAACGGAGCUACACUCUCGCUGGGGCGAUGUCUCUAUCACCCAUCCGACGCAAGGAUCCUGGAAUCAGCGAUCUCAAAAUUCGGGACAUGUUGCGAAUGAAGCAGGGAUAAUUUCUUCGAAUGUGCCGCACGAGGAAGGAGAAGGACAGCGACAUAAGCCGUCUGGCUCAUUGCGACAACCGAGUCCCAAAUCAUCCAUCAGGCGAUCUCGAAGCACCGCCCCUCGAGAACAAUCAGAGACACCCUCUCCAUCUUUUCCAACGGGACAUUUCAAUGAGAACAUUCGGCAUCGCGGCAGAGAUGAUUGCCCACCACCGGUUAAAGGCUUGGGCGUUGGCGACCUGCGACGCAUUUCGAGUCAGAAUGCAUCAAGCACUGUUACCAAUGAGGAUACUUCCGGCUCUUCCUGCAGCGACGAGGACGAAGAACGAGAUGUCCUAACUGCUCCAGUUGGACUAAGCCCGCGCAUCUACGAAUUGGCAGAUACGUCAGACAUACCACACGAUAACACCGAGGAGUACGAUGUACCUGCCAAAACACCGCCGCUGUCUGUGACUACACGCAUGCGCCGUUUCAGUGUUCAUAGCUCCGUAACAGAGCCCACGCCGUUAGUUUCUGGCGAUAUCAGCUCGCGACGAACGAGCGUUACCGCUGCAUCUGACGUUUCGGCUACUUCCAUGUCAACUUCGACGACAACUACCACACCGCGUUAUAGACACAAUACCCACAAACUACCACCUUUCCUGGCGAAGAAAUCCCCUCCCUGGUCAAAAGCUCAGGAACCAGAGCCUGCUACGGCACCUGAACUAGUACCCUCCUAUGAUGAGCUCUACGGCUGA